AUGGCGCAAGGGGCCCGUGAUAAAUCCGCGGCCGCCAGCUUGGCAUCGAGCAACAUCAUCGAUUUCGGAUUGUCCGGCAUACCUGUGAAUGAAGACGCAAAUGGCAAGAUCCAAUCUUCCACUGAUAAUCGAAACCGUGCCUUGCAUGCACUUUCUGACCUGGGCAAACAAUUCGGCAAGCCCAACGUGCCGGCUGCCAAUAUUUUGACCAAUGAUGAACUACUCAAAUUCCCUCGUCUUAAAGCCGAUCCCUACAGUGAGCAAAGCCAAUUGAGCUUCUUCAGCAUUGACUUCGUCAGCGACAGAGGCAACGCCAGUCACAUGAAAUGGGAACAGUCGCAGUUAGAAAAGAAGGAUUAUUACCCACCAUCUGGUCAUCCAACAUCCUCACUUGACUGCUUAACAUCCCCAACUCCUGUCGAAGGAGCGGCAAUCGAAUCCACCGGCGACGUUGAGGACAGCGAAUCUAUCAAAAACAGGAUCUGCUCUCUUCUCGAGCAGUCAGCGUUCAACGCAAAAGACUAUCUUCCCCUUGAUCAGCUCUACAAAGUUUUGUCACCUUCUGUGGUCCAUCAGCUCCUGCUUCAACAGUUCGGCCCGACCGAAGCCUCAGUGUAUGAACGCGAGGUCCUCGGCACCCAAACAAGUGUUCCUGCUUUGCCUCCGCGACGGCUAAGGAUAUUCGCCAUUCUUGUCCUGAUUGACCAACUUAAGAGACUACCCAAGUUCAUAGAAUAUGGAGUAGACGACACAGCACUUCCUUUUCACUUCACACGCAUCAAGUCAGGGCGAUUGGUAAACGUGUCCUACAUGCCCAACCCAUAUCGGCCGGAUGAUUCCAUUCUCAAGGAGUUCGAUGUGUGGCCUUAUCACACGGCACAGGAUUUCACGCUGUGGCAGCCCAUCAUUCAUGUUCCAUUUCCUGAAAUUUCCUGGCGAUAA